CGCGUCUCCACCGUCCGAUGAAAGAAGACGAUCUCUCGCUUGAUCUCUUUAUAAAGCUGCCUCUCUUCUCAACACACCCAACUCGAAACUUCAAUUUUGCCGCUUUCAAAAACCCGCGCUCUUUUUCUUCUCUAUCUCUCGCGGUUCGAUCGAAUUCUUUCCAUUUCCCUCGAAGUCUGCAAUCGCUGAAUCGGAUGGAUACAUCAAACCCUUCAGUUUUUGUGAAUGCUGAGCUUUUACGCCUGUAUGUUGGGAGAAGAGUCCGGGCAGUGAUUCAGGUUCAGUCUGAAGGCAAUGGAGUCAUAUAUGGUAAAUCGACUGACGACAACCAGAUUAUUGUGAAAGGCUCUCCACCAUUUUCUCUUUCGAAGUUUGUUGAGGUCAUUGGAAUUGCUGAUACUGACAAAUCGAUUCGACCUGAUGUAUGGACCAAUUUUGGCGACUCAUUUGAUACAUCUACCUUCAAUCAACUAUGUCAACUUGCUAAUGGGGAGUUCAAACCCUUGUUUAUCUGAUAAUCUAGCCAGACAUUCUUUGGCAAGAAGGCUCAAGCCCUACCUUCCCCUACUGUGACACGCUAAGUUGCUAAUGUUUUCUUCAUGCGCUUCAGAAUCUCCCGAGAUUUAUCGUUCAUAUGGUAGAAAACUUUUCAGGUAAUGGACAUAUAAAUUUUAAAUCUGCAUUGUAUGUUUGUGUUAGAAUAUGUUAGAAUGAACAUUGACUCGAAAAAUUCAUUAAAAAUCUAUUUUAAUCAA